CCGUGAGCCCUGGUACAGAGGCAAGAUGGAGGAUUUAGUUGUGGAGGUGUGUGGUGAAAAUGGUGCUUACUAUAAGGCUUAUGUGACGGACAUUCAUGAUGAUGAACUUACAGUAGCAUUUGAAAAUGACUGGCAGCCCAAAAGCAAGUUCCCCUUCCAAAGAGUCAGGCUUCCUCCACUGCCCUUAAAAGAGGGAGAAAAAUUAGAAUUAACAGAAGGACAGGAGGUUGAAGUCUACUCUAGGGCCAAUGAACAAGAAGCAUGUGGUUGGUGGAAAGCUGUGGUAAAAAUGACCAAAGGAGAUUUCCAUGUGGUAGAGUACCUGGGGUGGGAAACUACUUACACAGAAAUUGUUCCUAGUGACAGACUGCGCCAUAAAAAUACUAACCCUCCAGUCACAAAGUGGUCAUUUCAUAAAUUUGAAAUAGAUGUACCGGAAGACCUUCGGGAACACUCUAAAAUAGAAAAUGCUCAUAAAGAAUAUAAGAAGGCCAUUGGUGCAGACGUUGUUACGUAUAAUGCAGAAAAGAAUGUUUUAGUGAUAAUUGGGAGAUCAGAAGCCACCAAAAAAAGAGCAAUAUUGUUGAUAGAAAUGCACUUCCGAAACUUAAGACAGAAAGUGCUUUUAGUCCAUAGAACUGAAGAAGCCGCCCGACAAUUAGAAAACACAAAGCUGCAUUCUAACUCAGGAUAUGUAGAAGAAUUCAGUGUUAGAGAUGAUCUAAUGGGUUUAGCUAUUGGAGCUCACGGGGCCAAUAUUCAGAAUGCACGUAAACUUGAUGGUAUUACAGGCAUUGAUUUGGAAGAACCUACCUGCACUUUUAAAAUAUAUGGAGAUACAGAAGAAGCAGUGAAAAAAGCCAGAAGUAUGCUGGAAUUCUCUGAAGAGACAGUUUUAGUGCCUAGAGUAUUAGUUGGAAAAGUCAUAGGAAAAAAUGGUCGAAUCAUUCAAGAAAUAGUGGAUAAAUCAGGAGUAGUGAGAGUGAAGAUAGAAGGUGAUAAUGAAAACCAAAUUCCACGGGAAGAGGAAUUCAAGGAGGUAGUUGCUGAUCAGAAGUGGGAGGAUUUUCAGUUUGAGGUUCCUUUUGUUUUUGUUGGAACUGUUGAGAAUAUUACAAAUGCUAAAAUUCUUCUUGAGUAUCAUUUAGCGCACCUGAAGGAAGUUGAGAAAUUGAGACAAGAAAAACAAGAAAUUGACCAGCAGCUGAGAACACAGAUGGGUAGCAUUUUAAAUUUCCCAGUACCCCGAAGAGCAGGGCCUGAUAGAGGUUAUAAUUCUGACAUGGAUGUUGGCAGGGGACGAGGAGGAGGACCUCCAAGAGGUCGUGGCAGAGGUGGAGGACCAGGACAGGGCCCCGGCCGUAGAUGGGCAGGAGACUCUCGCUACAACAACAGUACUGGUACUCAUCCUGCAACUCUCAGUGACUACAUCCCUAAUGACAAGAGAAGUGGAUCAUAUAGAGAGAUGUCAGAUGAUGGCAGGGUACUGCGUCUUCCACCUCGCCAAAGAGGACGUCGUCGUGUGACAGAUGAAGAUGAAUCGGUUAUGGACAGUCAUGAAGCAUCCAGUGUUGCAAGUAUGGAUAGAGAGAGUGUAUCAUCUGUUGAAGGGUUUCAGAGUCAAAGGCGGCGACAGAGAAGAUGGAACAAACAUGAAGAUGGUCCAUUUUCUAGUGAGCAGCCCCGCCAAGUAAAUCGUAGAUAUUCAGAACCCCGUGAAGUUGGAAGAGGUAGAGGAGGGAGUGAUAAGUUUAUUCCCCCUCGAAGGAUUAAGAGAGAACAAAACAGCAAUAUAAAUGGUGAAAAUAACAGUGAGACCUCUCUAGAAUUAGCCAGUGGAAAUGUUCCUCCAAAACAACAAAAAGAGCCUAUUCAGUCUAAUUGCAAGUCGGAGAUAUUAACAGAGCCAACAAUGCCUAAAGACAAGCAGAUAGUUAAUGGAACAACUUAGAGGUGACCUGUUUUAGCUAGGUUUGGCACUGAAAUUUGUGUUAUUAUAUGAAAAAAAAAAAAGAUAUUGUAUUAAUUCCCCUAAGCAGUAAUAUUACUGAUUUUUGCAGAUAUAUACUAUUCUGCUUUGUAUUCUUUUAUGUGAUUGUCUCCACCUGACUUAUUAACCUGAAAGACCAAGAUAAGAAUCAUUCAUAGUGACAUAGAAAACAAUACAGACCACUUCUGAAGUAAAUUUUCAGAAAUGCUGUGUGUUUAGAUGCCACUGCUCAAGCUGUAGGUGCAUUUUUCAGCAUAGUGAUUUGAAGAACAAACGCUAUGAAGUAUUUAGUUAAACAAAUUUGUUAGGUAUAUCACCAUUUCUAUUUUACGUGUUUACUUGAUUUUGAUAAAACGGUGCCUGGGAAUAGGAUGAACCUCCAACUUAUAUCUUUAUUUAUUACUUUUAGAUUAAAAAUAAAAAUAAACUAGGAGUCAGUGGUUUUAUUCAUUAAUUCUCUGUGUGUGUGUGUGCAUGUGCAUGUAUGUGCUCACAUUGUGUAUUUUGGUUCCUUGAUGUUAUUUUAUAAUGAAAAGUGCAUUUAUAAAAAGCUAUGUACCUAUGAAAAGUGCAGUGUAGUUAAAGUUUUCUCUAAGCUAAUAUUCUAAAAGCUACAUGUUAGGUGUUUACUCGUGUGUUUUGUUAUUUAAGAGAGAAAAAAAAUAUUUUAGGAAAACACCUUUGCUUAAGCAAAGCUUCGUAAACAUGCUAGUAAAAAUUGUUUUGUCUGGUUAAAGCUUUUGAUGCCUAAGAGGGUAGAUUUUGAUGUCUCAGCAGCUCUGUAGUUAGUGUGGUUUUGUGACCAACCUGAAAAUGUAGUUGAAGAGCACUUUAUUAAACUGUAAGUGUUCUGGUUUUUGUAAUAUCUUGGUUUCUAUCCAAUAAAUAUCCUGAGGAACCUCAA